CAAUUUAACUUACUUUCUUAUUAUUAUAAACGCGUAAACAUGUCGGACUGGGAUACGGUCACUAUUCUUCGCAAGAAACCGCCGAAAGCAUCGACUUUAAAAACUGAGCAAGCAGUAAAUGCCGCCCGCCGUCAAGGUUUACCAGUUGACACCCAACAAAAAUAUGGAGCAGGUACUAAUAAACAGCAUGGAACCACAAAAAACACGGCGAAACUUGACAGAGAAACUGAAGAAUUAAAACACGAGAAGAUACCACUGGAUCUUGGAAAACUUAUCAUGCAAGGACGGCAAGCAAAGGGCAUGAGUCAGAAAGAUUUGGCCACAAAGAUCUGUGAGAAGCCGCAAAUAGUAAAUGACUACGAAGCCGGUCGCGGUAUUCCGAAUAACUUGGUUCUUGGGAAGAUUGAAAGGGCAAUUGGAAUAAAACUUCGUGGAAAAGAACGUGGCCAGCCACUACAGCCUCCUGGAGGAAAGAAAUAACGGAUUCCCUGGGAGGCGAAGACUAUACUCCGAUUUGUUAACUGCAUACAUUUUACUUAAAACUAUUAUUUGCUGUUGGAUGUGGUUCUAUCGUAAAACUUGAGUGAUACAAGAAUAUAAGCAAGCAUUUAUUUUUCUUUCGCUAUCUAGAUUAUUUUGUGAUGUGUUACUACCACGAAAAUAAUUUUCAAUGUUGAUUUGUUCCAAGAAAAAAGGCCUGUUUGUGAAAUUAGCUAUGUUUGUAACAUUUCAUAAUAAUACUGUAAUAGGUAUCUAGUUAUGGUUAAGAUUGUGUAAAUUGUGUUCUUUUGUACUCAUGAAAAACGAAUGAAAGAUGUAAACUGAUAUGGUUAG